AUGAACAAAAGUUUAAAAAAUAAUAACAAUGAAGAUAAUACUAGUAAUAAUGAAAAAAUCAUAGAAUAUGAUAUAAAUGGUAAAGAGAUUUGCUUCCUUUUUAGAAAGUUUGGUAAAUGUAGAUAUGGAAAGAAAUGUAAAAAAUCACAUCUUCUCAAUUCAGAGGCAACACCAACCACUGUUCUUACUCGGCUCGAUCCAACUAUAAAACAACCACCUUCCAUCAUCCAGAAGCUACUAUCACUCUUUAACUAUAACAAUGUUAAUAUCAUCGAUAGUGCUCAUCCUCCCAUUGAAAUACAAAUGUUACAAUCAAACAUAAAGAUGUUAAAAUCAAAUAAACGAUUAAUUACUCAACAACAACAACAACAACUUAUAAAUAACAAUAGAAUCAUAUUAAAAAUUAAAAAUAAUAAUAACAAUAAUAAUGAUAAUAAUAGCAAUAAUAAUAGUGUUGUAACAAUAAAAAAAGAUAUAUUUAAAAGAAUGAAAAAACAUCAUUGGAAAUCGGUGUUGUCUGUUGAUUUGGAAGAUCAGUGGCUACAGUGUCUGGACUAUGCUCGUGCAUGUCAAUUUACACUCAACCAAUCUAGAUUCUCAUUAAACACAUUAGAUAAAUCAAUUAGUAAUCUACAACAACAACAACAAACUGUAAAUAAUAAUAAUAAUAAUCAAAACAAUCAAAUCAAUAUAUCACUUCAAAGAUUAAAUCAAAUCGAUGAAGAUACAAAACAUAUCACCAAUUGGAAGGAAAAGAAAAGAAAACAAUUAGAAUUAUUAAUUUAA